UAUCAUCUCCAGAAAAUCGUUAGCCCGUGCGUGCCGUCGCUUCCAAAAAGUUUCUGCUUCUCACUCUCCAGGGGGUCAAUCUCUACUCAGAAAAAAAAAACGCAGAAUUUAGAACCACGUUGUGAACUCCGUUUGUUUUUGUUUUUUUCUGCACCCCCACAAUUACUCAGAAGCUAUUACCCAUCUUCAUGAAUCUCAACACCAACCAUUUUAACUUCCAUAACUAAAUCUUCUAGCACCAAACAAAAAAAGUUCCAUUUUUCACCUCAUUUUUUGGUCUCUAAUGGCUUCUUCAGCUCUAUCACUAUCAUCCCCAUUCUGUUUCACACCAAAACCCCAUCAAAGAAUUUCAAUUUUCAACCCUCAUUCUCUAAUCUUAAACCCCAGACCAUCUCUUAAACCCAAAACCCCACUAACCCUUCAUUACGGUUCUCCUCAUUUGACACAUUCUUUUGCAAAACUAGCUCCCACCCAAAUCAAAGCUACUUCUAAGGAGGGUUUGGAUGCUAUCGAUGAGCCUGAAAGACUGGUUUUUUAUGAAGAAAAGCCGGUUAAAUUUGCUCUCUGGGUGGUUUUCUGGACUUCUUUGUCUUUGGCUUGGUUUGCUUACUCUAAGGAUGCUAAUGCUGCUGCUGUUGAUUCUAUUAAAGCUUCUGGAUUUGGGUUGAAGAUUGCUGAUUCGUUGAGGAGAUUGGGUUUGCCUGAUUGGGUUGUUGUGUUUAUAAUUGCUGCUCUUCCUGUUCUAGAGCUUCGUGGGGCUAUACCUGUUGGUUAUUGGUUGCAACUCAAUCCUACAACCUUGACUGUGGUAUCCAUUCUUGGGAACAUGGUACCUGUGCCAUUCAUCAUACUCUACUUGAAAAGGUUUGCAUCAUUCGUCGCUUCAACAAGCCCUUCUGCAUCACGAUUCCUCGACAUUCUGUUCAAGAAUGCCAAAGCAAAAGCCGGACCAGUGGAGGAGUUUCAGUGGCUUGGUCUGAUGCUGUUUGUGGCUGUCCCAUUUCCCGGAACAGGAGCAUGGUCAGGAGCCAUUAUAGCGUCGAUUCUCGAUAUGCCGUUUUGGACUGGCGUAUCUGCAAAUUUCUUUGGUGUUGUAUUUGCCGGGCUGCUCGUAAAUUUUCUAGUGAACCUUGGUCUGAACUAUGCCAUCAUUACCGGUAUAAUCCUUUUCUUUGUUUCCACAUUCAUGUGGACCAUCCUUAGAAAUCUUAAAAAAGGUCUGAACUCGUCGAGUUGAGGCCUUAAAAUGUUGUAGACUCUUAGUUUUCUUUAUCAGUGCAAAGAAAGCUGUUAGAAGUUUUCUUA